AUGGCGUCUCAGGACCAGCUCACCCAGUCGAAAACCCAACCGGAUAUUGAGAUCGGUCUAUCCGAAGUUUUACGGCAGCAUGUCAGCAGACACCUCCCAUCAAAGCAUGUCUCUCAGCGGCGGUUGACCUUCGAGCGGUACCGCCCAACGAUCCUUCGCGAAUGUGUCGCCGAAGCGAUGGGGGUAUUCUUUUACGUGUUUUCCGGAGUUGCCUCCGUAGCCAACUUCAUCGUCAAUGCCGAGAGCCCAGUUGGAGCGGCAGCGUUUAGUAGCUUCUUCCAGAUUGGAAUGGCUUUUGCGCUGGGAAUCAUGUUCGCCAUCAUCGUGGCUGCACCCACCUCUGGAGGACACUUCAAUCCUGCCGUGACAAUCUGCUUUGCCAUCUGGCAAGGGUUCCCUUGGAAGAAGGUUCCUCACUAUAUCUUUUCCCAGAUUAUCGGGUCCAUGAUCGCGGGACUGUUGGUGGCAGGGAUGUACUGGGAGCAGAUCACCCAGGCAAAGGCCGCAGCUCUUGCUGCGCACCAGCCAUUGGUCUCGGCCACGGGCCCUGCGGGAAUUUUCGUCGCGUUCCCCGGUCCCAAGCAGAGUCUGGGCUACCUCUUUUUCAUCGAAUUCUUCGUUGACUCUUUCAUCGCCUUGGUCAUCUGGUCCUGCCUUGAUCCCGCCAACCCCUUCAUCUCCCCGCGAUCCGCCCCCGCCGUGAUCGGACUGGCCUACGGCGUCAUGGUCUGGGGCUUCGCGCCCAUCACCAUCUCGACCAACCUGGCCAGGGACCUGGGCUGCCGGAUCGUGGCGGCCAUCUUCUUUGGCGGCGAGGCCUUCACGUACCGGCACUACUGCUGGAUCGCGAUCCUGGUCAACGUGCCCGCCACAAUUUUUGGCACGACCAUCUACGAGGUGUUCUUGCGGGAUUCGCUCGCCAAGAUCCACAGCGGCAAGGCCGCCUAUCAGCAUGGGGAGGAAGGUCUGAAGAGGUAUCUGACCGAGACGGGCAUGGUGGAGAAGAUCCGGACGGUUAUCCAGGUACGAUACCCUAUCCUACGUAUCCUCCCAUCUAUCUCCGUAUCUUUUGAAUUGAGCUUCCUUACAGUAAUUGACAAAUUCAAGGUUAAAUUUGAGGAAUUUACGACUUGGAGCAACAAGAACGACCUGGGCGGCAUUGAAUAUGAUGCCCACAUUGAAAGCAUCAUUAUUGAGGCACGACAAGGCCCUGUGCAUGGAGAGACAGUUAAUGUCAUAAGUGACUGGUUUAAAGAGGCAGUAGGCAAGGUUCAAGAGGAAGAUAGUGUGAAUCUAAAGACCUAUCAGGACAAAACAUUCUGUCUUACCAGCGGCAAAUAUCGAGGCAGUUUUAAGGCGCCCGACAGUUCUAUCCAGGAGAAGGAAUCCUUUCUUCCAUUGAUAGCUCUUGAAGUUGCUUUCUCAUCUACCAGGAAAGAUCUGCUCGAAGAUGCAAAGGCCUGGUUGUAUGGAACCGAAAACAUCACUGGGCUGGUCAUUGCAAUUGACAUUAAGGAGCAAAGUGGUGAAAACAACAACAAAGAAGAAGAUGUUACGCGCUGGGUCCAACCGUAG